AUGGAUAUAGUGAAAACCUUGAAUUGUAAUAGAGCAAUCCCUGACCUAGAUUCACUUACAACCAAUCUAGUUGAAUCAUGCGUUAAAGAUACUAAAGAAAACUACCAGAGAUUCUGGAGACAUAAACUUGAAAACUCAUCCAAACUUACCUUCUACACAAGCAUAAAGGAAGACUAUGAGCUUGAAACUUAUUUGACUACCAUAACUAAUUCAAACCAAAGAAAACAUUUAACACAGCUCCGACUAAGUAACCAUAAACUAAUGAUUGAACUCGGUAGAUACGAAAACAUUCCGCGAGAAGACCGAAUAUGCAAGGUCUGCCAGGCAGGAGAAAUUGAAACGGAACAUCACUUCCUAACAUCCUGUGAAGCCUAUAGUAGUCUCUGA